AUGCAUGGAGGCGCAGCAGCAGGGACGCCGCCGGGCGCCUCCCCUCCGAGGGAGCACGGCAGCCCGGGAAGGAUCCCACUCGGCACUGAAGGAGGAGCGGCCCUUCGACAGCCACGGGCAGGGAUUCGCCAGCUGCCGAACGCUCCUCCAGGCCGGUCAGGCGCGCGCGGCGCCAAGAAACGCAGCCUGGGGCGCAGGCGGCCGCGGGGUCCUCUGGGAAGCGGCGUUGGGCGUGACGGCCGCCAGCCGCGCCCCGCGGAGGAUUCUGGGAGUGGUAGUCCGGCCUCACGGUUGGCCGGCGCUAGGCGUCGCAGCCGGCGGUUAGAUGCCUUUGUAGUCGGGCUCCGCUUGCCGGUGUGUGGCUGGAGGUCGAACCCAGGGUGGAGGAGGGCUGAGCGCAUCCCCUUUCAGUCUGAGUGCCCGGGAGGAGGGUGGCGGGAGGACCCCCGGGUGGGGGCGCCGGGCCGCCAGCGCGAGCUGCGUUCCGGGCCUCUUGGGGAACGCGAGCGGCGGACCCCCGGCCCCUUCCCCCGCGGCGGUUGCCUCCAGCGCGGGCUGGAGGAAGGAGUCUCCAUGGAACCUGGGGGCAGAGGAUCACUUUUUGAGGACUCAGACCUUCUCCAUGCUGGAAACCCAAAAGAAAAUGACGUGACUGCUGUGCUGCUGACCCCUGGGUCCCAAGAACUGAUGAUCAGGGAUAUGGCUGAGGCUCUCACCCAGUGGAGGCAGCUGAACUCUCCUCAGGGAGAUGUGCCUGAGAAGCCCAGGAAUCUGGUCUUGCUGGGGCUUCCAAUUUCCACACCUGAUGUAAUCUCUCAGUUGGAGCAUGAGGAGGAACUGAAGAGAGAAGUUUCAAAAGCAGCCGCUCCAGACUGGGAAACAAUACCAGAAAGCAAGGAGCUCACUCCAGAAAAGGGUAUUUCUGAAGAAGAAUCGGCCCCUGGGGUGUUAAUUGUAAGAUUUUCAAAGGAAGGUUCUAGUGAACGUGAGGAUUCUUUAGAGAGUCAGCAGGAAAACCAUGAGAAACAUUUAAUACAAGACACUGUCACUCAGAAAUCUUCUAGGGAGAGAAGUUACCAAUUUGAUGAAUUUAGAAGAAGUUGCACUCGGAGGUCCUUACUCGUUCAGCAGCAGGGAGAGAGACUACAUCAUUGUGAGUCGUUUAAAAAUAACUUAAAACAAAAUUCAGAAAUAAUUAGGCAUGAGAGAAUUUGUGCAGGAAAGAAACCUUGGAAAUGCAGUGAGUGUGAGAAAGCCUUCAGUUACUACUCAGCUUUUGUCUUACAUCAGAGAAUUCACACCGGAGAAAAACCCUAUGAAUGUAAAGAGUGUGGGAAAGCCUUUAGCCAGAGCAUACACCUUACUCUGCACCAGAGAAUUCAUACUGGAGAGAAGCCCUACGAAUGCCAUGAGUGUGGGAAAGCCUUCAGUCACCGCUCAGCCCUUAUUCGGCAUCACAUCAUUCAUACUGGAGAAAAACCCUAUGAAUGCAAUGAAUGCGGGAAGGCCUUUAACCAGAGUUCAUACCUCACUCAACAUCAGCGAAUUCAUACUGGAGAGAAACCUUAUGAGUGUAACGAAUGUGGGAAGGCCUUCAGCCAAAGCACAUUCCUUACCCAGCAUCAGGUCAUUCACACUGGAGAGAAACCCUAUAAGUGUAACGAAUGUGGCAAAGCCUUUAGUGAUCGGUCAGGUCUUAUUCAGCACCAGAGGACUCAUACUGGGGAGCGGCCUUACGAGUGUAACGAAUGUGGGAAAGCCUUUGGCUACUGCUCAGCCCUGACUCAGCACCAGAGAACUCACACUGGGGAGAAACCCUAUAAAUGCAACGAUUGUGCCAAAGCCUUCAGUGACCGCUCAGCCCUUAUUCGUCAUCAGAGAACACACACUGGAGAGAAACCUUACAAAUGUAAAGAUUGUGGAAAAGCAUUCAGCCAGAGCUCGUCUCUUACAAAGCAUCAGAAAACUCACACUGGAGAAAAGCCCUACAAGUGUAAGGAAUGUGGAAAAGCCUUCAGCCAGAGCUCAUCCCUCUCUCAACAUCAGAAAACUCAUGCCGGAGUGAAAACCAAGAAAUAUGUCCAAGCUUUUAGUGAGCAUUUAACCUUUGGCCAACACAAGAGAAUUCAUACUGGAUAAAGACCAUGUACAUGUGGUACAUUCAGAGCAUACUUAUUGAGCAUUUACCGUGCUUGCCAUGGGGGUCUACAAAGAAAUUUAAGAUGGUGUUGCAAAAAAGUUAUUGAGAAGUCACUGCUGAUAUGGGUUGUAGCAUGAUUAGACUGUGAAAGUAUAGUUUUACCUUUUUAAAAGUGUUCUGGCAGAGGACGCUGAAUUUCCCUCAGGAAAGAGGGAAAUUAUUUGUAACACCCUAACGUGUAUGUAAAUUACCAUAUGCUUGGGCGAGAAAUGGGGUAUGCUGUGGUGGAAAGGGGACAUCUUGACUGUGCUAGAUAUUUUCAUAAUACUAAGAAUAUAAGUUUUAAAGAGAUAAGUUAUACUUUUAGGGAAGUUGCGUGGGUAGAAAUAAGAGAUUGAGAAUUCACAAUGAGUUUGUCCAGAGUCAGGAGUGGUGUUGGAAGGGAAGUUGUCCUUCAUUCUUAAGUUUAAAGAGCCAAAGGAAGUAGAGGGAAAGGAUAGAAAAAAAGAGCUCGGGGAAUGAACCCAAAAAAUGUUGAUUAUGUUAACUACUCAACUGAAUAUUCACAACCGUGAAAAAUAUUAGACUUAAUAGUUGUCCAGUUGAAAAGUUUCUGUGAGGGUAGCUUUACCCUGCAGCUAAGGACUGUUGGCUGACUGUUUCUGUGAGGGUAGCUUUAGGCUGCAGCUAAGGACUAUUGGCUACAGGGUAAUGCAGGGUGUUUGCUUCUGCACUUUUUGUCUUUUAGACCUUGCUUACUGAGACAUCGCCUACUAAAUCAUGUUAAUUUCCAAGGGUCAGGAGCCACAGCUUAGAAAAUUGAGUACAGAAGAGACCUUUGAUGUGUUCAAACUGUUUUAAGGUAUCUGAGUUACCUGAGAAUGUGCUUAUUUAUAAAGAUUUACCUCAGUUGUAUCUAGUUUGUACCUUAGAUUUUUUAUAGCUUAUAGUAAAGUUUAGUUGUAGAUUUGCACUGACACUGCAUAUUAGAUUAUGAAAAGCUUGAAAAGACUUUGAAAUACCUUUUACCAUUUUACUCUUGAGUAGAGGCAGGUGGCAUCUUUUUAUAUUUCUUUUUCAUUGAAACUUUGAAGAUUAUUGGACACGUUAUUUUGAGUGCAGAGUUUUUAAUUUUAGGAAGCUGUACUAUGAUGUAUCUUGGUGUGAAUUUCUUUUAGUUUACCCUAUUGGGUUUGCUUAGCUUCUUCAAUGUAUAGGUUUAUGUCUUUUGCCAAAUUUGGUAGAUUUUCAGCCCUCAUCUCUUUAAAUACAUUUUAGCCCCCACCUUCUACUCCUUUUCUCCUGGGACUCUAAUGAAAGAAAUAGGAGCUCUUUGGUUGUCGUCUCACAAGUUGCUGAGGCUCUGUUCAUUUUUUCUUGACGAUUUUUGUCUGAAUCUGCUCUAUCUGCCAUAACAAGACAGCAUAGACUGACCGAGUGACUCAAAAAAAUACAUAAUUCUAACAGUUCUGAAGGCUGGGAAAUCCAAGAUCAAGGUGCCUGCUGACUCAGUCUCUAAUGAGGGCUUUCUUCCUGGCUUACAGAUGGCUGCCUUCUCACUGUGUCUUCUCAUGUCCGUAGUGCAUGCAGAUGGGCCAGUUGGGAGAGGGAGAGAGAAAUAGCUCCCUCUUCUUAUCAGUCCACCAGUUCUAGCAGAUUAGGACUCUGCCCUUCUUACCUCAUUUAACCCUAAUUACCCCCCUGAAAACGCUGUCUCCAAAUUCACAUUGGGGAUUAGCACUUCAACAUAAUUUUGGGGAAGAGGGGAUACAUUUAGUCCAUAACGUUCCACCCCAGCCCCUCACCGAAUUUAUGUCCUUGCGUGCAGAAUACAUUUAUUCCUCUCCAACGGCCCCAAAAGCCCUAACUCAUUCUAGCAUUAGCUCUAAAGUCCAGACCUUCAAGUAAAUACCACCUAAAUCAGAUACGGGUAAGACUCAAGGUGCAAUUCAUCCUGCGGCACAAUUGCUCUCCAGCUGUGAACCUGUGAAACCAAACAAGUUAUGUGCUUCCAAAAUACAUUUGUGGUCUGGACAUAAUGUAGGCAUUCCCAUUCCACAGAGGGAGAAAUAGGAAAGUAGGAGGAGGGAUGUGUCCUGAGCAAGUCCAAAACUUAGCAAGGCAAAUUCCAUUAGGUCUUGUGUUUCAUCAGAUCUUGUGAGAAUAAUCCUCUUUUGCUCAGUGCCUCCCGGACCCACUGGGGUAGAGGUCCUGUCUCUGGUACUGCCAGGUAGCCCCUUGCCUAAGCCUCUGCAGGGCAAUUCUGCCCCUAAGGCUUCAGUUGGAGGCUUUCUGUUCUGUUGAAACCAAGGUGAUGGUUCCACCCUUUGAAACAAGAGGCAUCCCCAAUGGUCUCUGAAUUGUUUUCAGGGUCAUUCUCUUUUCUUGAAGGUAACACAUACUCAUAGACAAAUGGCUCUCUAGUCUGGUUCUGUAGUAUCUGAGAAGUCCUAAAGCCUGCCUUCAUUUUAUUUUGUUGUUUUUCUGUCCCCUUUAGUGCCAGGUGGCUGUGUUUCUGCUGUUAUAAUCCCAUUUAUAUUCCUGGCUUCUCCUGGGCUGUGAAACCCAUUUGAUCUAUUUAUCAAAUGGUUGAAAUAGUUUUUAAGCCACAUGCUUAGUGUUUUCUUCAUAGCAAAUUUUCUCAUAUUUUUGUGAUACAAGUGGAAUGUUCAUAUUUCUUUAAUUGUGCUUCCUUGUUUCUUAACAGUUCCUUCUUCACUUAAUCUCUCUCCUCUCACAUUUUACUACAAGCACUAAGGGGACCCAAGCUGCACCUUCAGUACUUUGCUUAGAAAUCUGCUAAAUAAACAGUUUCAUCACUCUCAAGUUCUGCCUUUCAGAAAACGCUGGAACAGUUCGGAGAAGUUCUUUGCCACUUUAUAACAAGAGCCACCUUUUUUUUUUUUCCAGUUCUAAUAAUAUGUACCUUAUUGCCAUCUGAGGCCUUGCCAGAGUGGCCUUUAAUAUCCGCAUCUCUAGCAUGUACCUCAAAACUCUUGGCCUCUACCCAUCACCCUGUCUAAAGCUGCCUCCACAUUUUGAGGCAUAUGUUACAGCAGCAUCCGCCUUCUGGGUACCAGAAUCUCAAUCUGCUUGGUCGGCCAUAACAAACAUCCAUAGACUGGGCAGCUCAAACCACAGAAAUUUAUUUCUCAAAGUCCUGGAGGCUGUAAGUCUAAAAUCAGGGUCCAACCGCGUUCAGUUCCUGGCUUGUAGAUGGUUGCACUCUCACUGUGUUCUCACCUGACCUGUUCUCAGUGCACAGGUGUGGAGAGAAGUUGGAUUGGGAUCCCACCUUUAAGGUCUCUUUUAACCUUAAUUACUUCCUCGGAACCUAUCUCCAAAUAUAGUCACAUUGAGGGUUAGGGUGUCCACAUAAUGAAUUGGGGUGGGGGGACAUAGUUCGUCACAGUUUUCUCUCUUCAGAUUGAGUAUUUUCUGUUGUUCUGUCUUCCAGUUCGCUAGAUCUUCCCUCUGUCCUUUUGAUUCUGCUGUUGAGACCAUCCUUGAAUUUUAUUUCAGUUAUUGUAUUUUUUAGUUGCACAUGAUUCUUUGUUUCCUUGCUGAGAGCCUUUCUUUGCUUAUUUUGUUUGCAUUAAGCAUGUUUGUAAUUACUCAUUGAGGCAUUUUUGUGAUGGCUGCUCUCAAAUCCUUGCAGGUUAUCCUAACAUCUGUAUCAUCUCAGUAUUGACAUCUUUGGGUUAUCUUCUCAUUUAAGUUGAGAUUUUCUUGGUUCUUGGUGUGAGGAGCAAUUUUCAGUUGAAGUCUGGACAUUUGGAGUAUUUUGGUGUGAGAUUUCGUAUCCUGUUGAAGUCUUCUGUAUUGACAGGCCUCCUCGGAUACCACUGUGGUGGAGAAAGUGUUGCGGGGGUGCUGCCUCCUUACUUUAAGUUGGUGUUGGAAGUCCAGGUUCACCAUUGGCCUCUAAUGACUCCUGGGCAGGGGUCCUUACUACUGCUGGGCAAGGGUGGGAUUUACAGCUCCCCACUAGGCCUCCGCUGACACCACACUGGCUAGGGAAGAUCAGGAAUGCUUUGUUACUGCUAUUUACAUGGUCUCGAUUGACAGCAUGGUGUGGGGUUGAGGGUGACAUCUUUACUGUUGGGAAUUGGUGUAAGUCUUGACCCCCCACUUGGCUUCCACUGAGACCACACCAGUAAGAAAGAAGCGAGAUGGCUCUGAGUAGGGGGGACACUGCCAGGGUGAUGUGUGGGGAGGGGUGGGUUUUAGAAAUCUAUCUGCCCACUUGGUCUUCUCUGAUACCACCCCAGGCUAAAGGUGGAGGACUGAGAGCCUUGUUACAGCCUGGUGAGGGUGGAAGUAUUUAGGCCUUUGUUGGUGGGGAUAGGACCAUAGCUUGCUUCUGUGGUCUUUUAAGUAGGAUUGUGGUUUUCUAAACGUUUUCUGUCUUGCUAGGCUACUGCCUUUCCAGUCCUUUGGCUAGAAAAAGCAGAUUUUUCUUGGGGCUUUUUUUUUUGUCUGUGCCUGUUGGCAUUUCUGGGUUGUCAGCUUCUCUAGAACCCAAUCUGGGAUAGAUGAGGCAACGAGAAAACCCAAGAACAUCACUGCUGUGUUCUUCCUCAGGUUCUGAGGUCCCUAGCCAGUCCAUUCUCUCUCCACCUUCUAGAACUUUCUUAUGUUUGCUUUGUAUAUAAUAUCCCAGAUUUUUAGUCGUACUUAGUGAGAGCAGUAGGAGAAAGUAGUGCUCUACCUUUCCCAUGACAUCUUUGUGCUUGACACUGAAAUCACACAUCAAGUUGUGGUAUAUAUAUAUGGUUUGUGGUGUAUACAGGUCAUUUGUAACCAGUUAGGAAUAGGUACUAAAAGAAAUGCUCACUGGAUUCCUGAAGAUAAGCUGCCAAUUUGAUAGGUAGAAACUAUCAGCCUGCUUCAUCUAGCUUUGAAGGAACAAUAGUUUAUAAAUUGAGGAAACACCAGUAUUUAAUUGUAGGUUAUAAACUUGAGAAGGAUAGAUAUGACUAAGAAUAUAAACUGUAGGGUUAAAUUUUUUGUAUUUGUAUUUUCAAACUGACUUUUUGAACUUUUGCAAAAAUCAACUUUUAUCAAAGUACACAAUAAAAUUCACCCACUUAAAGGUGUUUGCCAUGUUUGACGAAGAUAUUACCCUUGUAACUACCACCGUAAUUGUGUGUGUGGUUAUAAUAGUUCCUCCUUCUCCUUCUCCCUCCCUCUCUCCUCCUCCUCCCCAUCUUCCUCCUCCUUUCACCCCUUUCUCUUUCUUUCUCCUUUCUUCCUUUCUUCCUUCCACAGUUCUGUCUUAAAAUGCCCUAUGUAGACUUGUGUAACCAUCACCACAAAGGGUACAGAACAAUUCCACUGCACCAACAAAUUCCCCUUGUGCUGCUUUUUUUUAAGAGUGGCUCCCCAUCCUGCAUUGAGUAUAAAGGCUUUGAUUUUCAUCAGUGUUGUGUCAUUUACUAAUUUUUAUUGCUGAGUAGUUUUCCACGUUAGGUACCACAGUAUUCUUAGCCAUUAACCCACUGAAGCACAUUUAGGUUGUUUAUAAUUUUUGGUGAUUAUGAAUAAAACUAUUACAAACAUUAGGUUUUUGUAUGAACAUAAAUUUUCAUAUCUGUAGGGUAAAUAUUGGAGUGAAAUGGUUAGGUCAUAUGGUGAGUAUAUAUUUACCUUUGUAACACAGGGCCAACCUUUUCCAGAAUGAUUGGUUAAAUUUGUUUUCCCACCAGCAAUGUAUGAAGAUGUGGUUGCUCCAUAAUUUGCCAACACCUGGUAUUCUCAUUGUUUUUAUUUUAUCCACUCUAGUAGAUGUGUAGUGGUAUCUCAUUGUGGCUUCAGUUUGCAUUUCC